AUUUGUUUUUGACAUUGUCAAUCGGAAUUGCCUUCAAUCAGCUGUCGAUUCAGAUUAUUGACGAGAAAUUAAUAAUUAUUUUCUCACUCAAUUAUCACUAAAAUGUGUGUUAAAUGGCGUAUUGUAUCAGUAAUUUAUUAAUAGAGCGAGCACGGUGGUAGUGUUGGGGGGCGGUCUGUGCGGAUGGCGGGUGCGAGGAGACAGUGUGUCGAGUGACCGCGGGCGCGGCUCGCCUGGGCCCCCGCUGGAGGCAUGCGGCGGCAUGGCGGAGGCUGCGGGCACGUCGCGCGGCCUUCGCGUCUACAAGAUCGUGGUGCUAGGCGACGGGGGCGUCGGCAAGUCCGCGGUCACUCUCCAAUUCGUUAGCCACAGCUUCUUGGACUACCACGACCCCACUAUAGAGGACUCAUACCAACAACAGGCAGUGAUUGAUGGGGAGCCUGCACUGCUGGACAUCCUGGACACAGCUGGACAGGUGGAGUUCACAGCAAUGCGGGAACAGUACAUGCGGUGCGGCGAGGGGUUCAUGCUGUGCUACUCCGUGACCGACCGGCGCUCGUUCCGCGCGGCCGGCGAGUACAAGCGCUUGCUGGCGCAGGCUCGCCCGGCCGAGCGCCUGCCGCUGGUGCUCGUGGGCAACAAGCUGGACUUGGCGCCGAGAUUUAGACAAGUAACAACCGAGGAGGGCAAGGCGUUAGCGGCUCAGCUGGGGUGUCCGUUCUUCGAGACGUCGGCAGCGCUGCGCCAUUUUGUCGACGACGCCUUCCACGGCCUCGUGCGCGAGAUACGGCGGCUGGAGCGACAGAGACAGUCUUCAAUACUGGGGAGCUCCGCGUCCGGGGGCGGAGGCCGACGUCGCUGGCGCCGCCUGCGCAGUAUCUUCGCCUUUGUGUUCCGCCGCCGCCGCCGCCACACGCCCUGAACACAGGUCUCUAUGCUCCUCACCUUAAAGCCUAUAUUCGUUUAAACGUCUGCCCUUAGCACACAUUUCACUUGAGUUCCGCAAAAAACGCAUUUAAUGUCCUGAAUACUGAGACGAAAUUUGUGUAAUCCAUGUCUGUUUGAUUAUAGUGCCUGCUGAA